AUGGCUUCUCUUCAAUCACCAGUUGUCUCUCCGAUUCCGCAACUAGUCAAUGCAACAAGACCGAACUCAGUUAAUAAGAAUUUAUUAUUUGUUGAUUUUGUUGGCCUGUAUUGUAAAUCGAAGAGGACUAGAAGGAGAAUCGGAGUUUCUUCUUCUUCGAGUUUCUGUCGGUUUGCUAACAAAAAGAAAUCGUCCUGUCCAGUCAACGCCACUUUCACUGUCGACCGUCGUAAUAUGUCACCGCCGUCUUCUUCUCCUCCUGAUUUGAAACCGCAGGUAGCAAACUUGGAAGAUAUAAUAUCAGAAAGAGGAGCAUGUGGAGUUGGAUUUAUUGCAAAUUUGGAAAACAAGCCGUCCCAUGCGAUCGUUGAGGAUGCACUUACAGCUCUUGGCUGUAUGGAACAUCGUGGAGGUUGUGGAGCAGAUAAUGACUCCGGUGAUGGGGCAGGACUGAUGACUUCGAUUCCGUGGGAGCUAUUUGAUAAGUGGGCUACGAGUGAAGGGAUUGGUUCUUUUGAUAAAUUGCAUACUGGUGUUGGGAUGGGCCUUGAGGUGCUUGGAUGGAGACCUGUUCCUGUAAAUAUGUCAGUAGUUGGUUUUUAUGCAAAAAAAACCAUGCCCAACAUACAACAAGUAUUUGUUAGAGUUAUUAAAGAAGAGAAUGUUGAUGACAUUGAACGAGAACUGUAUAUCUGCCGGAAGCUGAUUGAAAGAGCAGCAAACUCAGCAAGUUGGGGGAAUGAGCUCUACUUCUGUUCUUUGUCUAAUCAAACAAUUGUUUAUAAGGGAAUGCUUCGUUCUGAAGUUCUUGGGCUGUUUUAUUCUGACCUUCAGAAUGACAUCUACAAAUCACCUUUUGCCAUUUAUCAUCGAAGGUAUAGCACAAAUACUAGUCCCAGAUGGCCCCUUGCUCAGCCCAUGCGGUUUCUUGGUCAUAAUGGAGAGAUCAACACCAUACAGGGUAACUUGAACUGGAUGCAAUCACGAGAAGCCACAUUGAAAUCUUCUGUUUGGCAUGGUCGUGAAAAUGAAAUUCGUCCUUAUGGGAACCCAAAGGCAUCAGACUCUGCAAAUCUUGACAGUGCAGCAGAAUUGUUAAUAAGAAGUGGGCGCACCCCUGAGGAGGUUUUAAUGAUUCUCGUUCCAGAGGCAUAUAAGAAUCAUCCAACUUUGAUGAUCAAAUAUCCUGAGGUUGUAGAUUUUUAUGAUUAUUACAAGGGUCAGAUGGAAACUUGGGAUGGACCUGCUUUACUCUUAUUCAGUGAUGGAAAGACAGUCGGGGCUUGUCUUGAUCGGAAUGGACUUCGUCCUGCUAGAUAUUGGCGGACAGUAGACAAUUUUGUCUAUGUUGCAUCUGAGGUUGGGGUUGUACCAAUGGAUGAAUCGAAAGUAACAAUGAAAGGCCGUCUAGGUCCUGGAAUGAUGAUAACUGUAGAUUUACCUGGUGGCCAGGUUUAUGAGAACACUGAAGUUAAAAAGCGAGUAGCACUGUCAAAUCCAUAUGGAAAGUGGGUUAGCGGAAACCUGCGAUCCUUGAAGCCUGCAAACUUCCUCUCAGCACCAGUUAUGGACAAUGAAGCCAUUUUAAAAUGCCAACAGGCAUUUGGCUACUCCAGCGAGGAUGUCCAAAUGGUUAUUGAGAAUAUGGCUUCACAAGGGAAAGAGCCUACAUUUUGCAUGGGAGAUGAUAUUCCAUUGGCAAUAUUGUCUCAAAAGCCACAUAUGCUUUAUGAUUAUUUUAAACAACGGUUUGCACAGGUUACAAAUCCAGCUAUAGACCCACUCAGAGAAGGGUUAGUUAUGUCUCUUGAAGUCAAUAUCGGUAAGCGGGGAAACAUCUUGGAAGUUGGACCAGAAAAUGCUUCACAGGUUAUCUUGUCUAGUCCUGUAAUAAAUGAAGGAGAGCUUGAGUUGUUACGGAAGGAUCCUUACCUAAAAGCACAAGUUUUACCAACCUUUUUUGAUAUACGUAAAGGGGUUGAGGGUUCUUUGGAGAAAACUCUAUAUAAGCUUUGUGAGGCAGCUGAUGAAGCUGUUAGAAAUGGUUCCCAAUUGCUUGUUCUCUGUGAUCGAUCUGAUGAUCUGGAACCCACUCGGCCUGCAAUUCCAAUUCUUCUUGCUGUUGGUGCUGUUCAUCAGCAUCUUAUUCAGAAUGGCUUGCGAAUGUCAACUUCAAUUGUCGCAGACACUGCUCAUGCUAUAUGUCCGUACUUGGCACUGGAAACUUGCCGGCAGUGGCGCCUGAGUAAAAGAACUGUGAAUCUGAUGAUGAAUGGAAAGAUGCCUACUGUAACUACUGAACAAGCACAAAAGAACUUUUGCAAGGCAGUUAAAUACGGUCUUCUCAAAAUUCUUUCAAAGAUGGGCAUCUCAUUGCUUUCAAGUUAUUGUGGUGCACAGAUAUUUGAGAUUUAUGGAUUGGGGAAGGAGGUUGUUGAUCUAGCAUUUUGUGGCAGUGUUUCAAAGAUUGGUGGAGUAACUUUUGACGAGUUGGCGAGGGAGACUUUGUCUUUCUGGGUGAAAGCUUUCUCUGAGGCUACUGCCAAAAGACUGGAAAAUUAUGGAUUUAUACAAUUCAGACCUGGAGGGGAAUAUCAUGGAAACAAUCCAGAGAUGUCGAAAUUGCUUCACAAAGCUGUUCGUCAAAAGAGUGAAAAUGCAUUUUCUAUUUAUCAGCAGCAUUUGGCUAACCGGCCUGUGAAUGUGAGUGGUGAAGUUCUUCGUGAUCUUCUUGAGUUCAAAAGUGAUCGUGCUCCAAUUCCUGUGGGAAAGGUUGAACCUGCUACAUCUAUUGUUCAACGGUUUUGCACUGGUGGGAUGUCACUUGGAGCUAUUUCAAGAGAAACUCAUGAAGCAAUUGCCAUUGCUAUGAACAGAUUAGGUGGGAAAUCUAAUUCAGGGGAAGGUGGUGAGGAUCCUAUUCGCUGGAGCCCACUUACAGAUGUUGUUGAUGGGUACUCUCCUACAUUGCCACAUCUUAAAGGUCUUCAAAAUGGCGAUACUGCUACCAGUGCUAUUAAGCAGGUUGCUUCAGGACGUUUUGGUGUAACUCCAACAUUCUUGGUCAAUGCUGAUCAGUUAGAAAUCAAGAUUGCACAAGGUGCCAAGCCUGGUGAAGGUGGCCAAUUGCCUGGGAAGAAAGUUAGUGCAUACAUUGCGAGGCUGAGAAAUUCUAAACCUGGGGUUCCACUUAUAUCUCCACCUCCACACCAUGACAUUUAUUCAAUUGAAGAUCUUGCCCAAUUGAUCUAUGAUCUCCAUCAGGUCAAUCCUAAGGCUAAGGUGUCUGUAAAGCUUGUGGCAGAAGCAGGUAUUGGCACAGUUGCAUCUGGGGUAGCAAAGGGUAAUGCCGAUAUUAUACAGACAGUUCUGUGGCUCCUCAUUCCUGCUAUUUUAGCAUCUUCCAAAAUUGGUAUAUUCAAGCAAUUGCUGGCUGUUAAUGAAGAGAUAUCAGGGCAUGAUGGUGGAACUGGAGCUAGCCCCAUAAGUUCCAUUAAGCAUGCUGGUGGUCCUUGGGAACUUGGACUUACAGAAACCCAUCAGACUCUCAUUGAGAAUGGACUCAGAGAAAGAGUGAUCCUUAGGGUUGAUGGGGGCUUCAAAAGCGGAGUUGAUAUCAUGAUGGCUGCGGCAAUGGGUGCCGACGAGUAUGGAUUUGGUUCUGUUGCAAUGAUUGCCACGGGAUGUGUAAUGGCCCGCAUUUGUCACACUAAUAAUUGCCCUGUUGGUGUUGCUAGUCAGAGAGAAGAACUACGCGCUCGGUUUCCUGGUGUGCCUGGUGAUCUUGUUAAUUUCUUUUUAUAUGUUGCUGAGGAGGUAAGAGGCAUGCUGGCACAAUUGGGUUAUCAGAAGUUAGAUGAUGUCAUCGGGCAUACAGAUUUGUUAAGACCACGAGAUAUUUCCCUUGUCAAAACUCAGCAUCUCAAUCUUGGUUAUAUUUUGUCGAGUGUAGGAUUACCAAAACUGAGCAGUACUGAUAUCAGGAAUCAAGAUGUUCACACUAAUGGUCCUGUUUUAGAUGAUGUUGUUCUAGCAGAUCCAGAGAUUCUAGAUGCUAUUGAGAACGAAAAAGUUAUCAAUAAAACCAUAAAAAUAUACAAUGUGGACCGGGCUGUUUGUGGGCGUAUAGCAGGUGUGGUUGCAAAGAAAUAUGGUGACAGUGGUUUUGCUGGGCAGCUGAACAUAACGUUUACUGGGAGUGCUGGGCAGUCGUUUGCAUGCUUUUUGACACCUGGAAUGAACAUCCGACUGAUAGGAGAGGCUAAUGAUUAUGUGGGAAAGGGUAUGGCUGGAGGAGAGUUGGUUGUAAGUCCUGUGGAGAAUACUGGGUUUGUUCCUGAGGAUGCGACCAUUGUCGGGAAUACUUGCUUGUAUGGGGCUACAGGUGGCCAAGUAUUUGUCAGAGGGAAAGCUGGGGAGCGGUUUGCUGUCAGAAACUCACUUGCUCAAGCUGUAGUUGAAGGCACUGGAGACCAUUGCUGUGAGUACAUGACUGGUGGCUGCGUGGUGGUACUUGGAAAAGUGGGUAGAAAUGUAGCUGCUGGGAUGACUGGAGGUUUGGCUUACCUUCUUGAUGAGGAUGACACUUUGAUGCCCAAGGUGAAUAAAGAAAUAGUGAAGGUCCAAAGAGUAACUGCUCCCGUUGGCCAGAGGCAGCUGAAGAACCUUAUUGAAGCCCAUGUUGAAAAAACCGGGAGCGGCAAAGGCACUGCCAUCCUGAAGGAGUGGGACACAUAUCUAUCACUCUUUUGGCAGCUAGUACCACCCAGUGAAGAAGACACCCCAGAGGCUUGUGCAGCAUACGAGGCAACCAGUGCUGAUCAAGUGACAUCUUUGCAGUCUGCAUAA